CAUUAGGUACGAACUCCCAUUGGAAUGAAACUGAAAUUUGUUGUGUGUGAGUCAACUAGUAUUUUUUAUGAAUAAUUUGCCGGAAAAAACUGGCAAAAACCGUAAUAAUAACAAGUUGUAGUUAACAAUUGGAGUUGAACAGCGAAAAUCAGCUACAAACUGGCAUCGACCAAGUUGCUGAAGGAUCAAGGAACGAAGAUGGCAGAUUAUACAGAUAGUGCUGUUCCUAAUUUUGCAGACAUGACAAGAGAAAGAUUGAUUGAAAUUAUGACUCAACCUGGCAAAGACGUGUGGAAAUUCCUGGAAGARAAAUUUGAUGAUGGUUUUAACACAGUUAUUAGGAAGCUGCACACUUCCAAAAAGAAGGGUGUCAUGGGCUUUGAAGAGGCUCUAGCCCAUCGACGGUCUGAGUUUGGUGCUAAUGAAAUCCCCCUUAGUCCUCCUAAAAAUUUCUUCAAGUUUAUUCUGGAAGCCAUGCUUGACUGGGUAUUAGUUGUACUGGCAAUAGGUGCUCUGUUGUCUCUAAUCUUAGGACUUGUCUUCCCUGAGCAGUGUGARGAGUAUGAUAAAGUAGUUGUUGCAUGGUAUGAAGGAAUUGGUAUUCUGGUAAUGGUUGCGCUGAUGAUUUUCAUAUCUGCAUUGAGUAGUUACUUUGAAGACUGUGAUUAUCGCUAUCAAGAAAAGCGCAAACACUUAGCACAAAAAGCCUUAGUUUUAAGAGAUGGCAAGGUGAAAGAGAUCCUUAGAGAAGAGUUGACUGUAGGUGAACUUUGCAUUGUGGAAGUUGGUUCUGUUGUACCAGCAGAUGGUAUUAUUAUCCAAAGCACUGAUCUAGAAGUAAAUGAACUGGCAUUGGCCAAUGGUGGUAUAGUUYGUAAAGARAUAGACGGAGAUACGCUGUUAUAUUCAGGUACUCAUGUUACUAAGGGAACAGCAAGAUUCCUUGUCCUUGCAGUUGGUGAAUCAACUAGGAUUUACCAAGCUUCACUGUAUUCUAAGGACUCUAAACCACCAAACACUUUGGAGAUUAGUGUGGAUGGCGAUCAUCCMACUAAAGAAAAUCUCUCACUGUUAAGAAGACGUAAGGAAAAUAAUGCUACAUUGCAAGGCAAAAUCAACAAAGUUGCAAGUAUUAUUGGCUAUAUUGGAGUUGGGAUAGCAACUUUGACAAUGAUUAUCAUCAUGAUCAGGUUUAGUGUUUAUACAUAUUCUAAACAAGGACAGCAAUUUCAUCGUUGGCAUAUCAAUGAAUAUGUCAGGGCCUUCAUAAUGGGAAUUGUUGUAUUUGUUGUGUCGAUUCCUGAAGGUCUCCAACUUGCUMCUACAAUUGCAGUGGCAUUUUGUACCAAAAUGAUGUACGAUAACCAAAGUUUAGUGAGAAACAUGAAGAUUAUUGAAGCAAUGGGCAACAUUACCAAUAUAUGUUGCAACAAAACAGGGGUUCUAACAGAGCAUCGUAUGCAUGUAACAAAAAUCUACACCACAAAUAAGACAUUUCAAGGAGACCCAAGAACCUACAAGGAGAAUAUUCCUAGUAACCUGUUUAUUGAACUUAUCAAAGGCAUCUCUAUUAAUACAAGCUAUACAUCCAGAAUUAUUCCACCCAAAACUCCAGAUAAUCUGCCAGUCCAAGCUGGGAAUAUGACAGACUGUGCUGUCCUCCAAUUUAUUAUUGAUAUUGGUGAAACCUAUCAACAAUGGCGAGAUGACAAUCCAGAGGAGAGCUUUACAAAGCUUUAUGAGUUCAACCCUUCUAGAAAAUCAAUGACUACAGUCACCCAACCAGAGAAAGGAAUCUACAGAGUGUACUCAAAGGGUGCAGCAGAGAUCUUACUACCAAAGUGUGUUUCUACUUAUUCAACUGAUGGCCAGAUCAAACCAUUUGAUAAAGAAGAUAUCGAGAGAGUGUUUAAUGAAAUAAUUCAUCCCAUGCAGCAAGAGGCACUUAGGACUUUAUGCAUUGCUAGUAAAAGUGUGUCUGAAGGUGAGAUUGACUUUGAAAGUGAAGAGUCAGUAGUAUCAAACCUUACUUUAUUGGCGAUAGUUGGAAUAGAAGAUCCAGUCAGAGAGGAGGUUCCUAAUGCUAUUGAUAAGUGUCAUAACGCUGGUAUUAGAGUAUGCAUGGUUUCUGGUGAUCAUGUGAAUACUGCUAGAGCUGUAGCCGUCAAGUGUGGUAUCAUCAAACCACAGGAAGAAAAUCUCAUUUAUGAUGGGAAAGAAUUCAAUAAUUACAUCAGAGAUCCAGAUGGACAGAUUAAUUAUGARAGAUUCAAUUCCAUGUGGCCAAAGCUUCGCAUUCUGGCCAGGUCAUCAGCAAGGGAUAAAUAUACUCUUGUUAAAGGUAUUAUGGACAGUAAUCUACAACCUCAGGGRGAGAUUGUUGCUGUCACUGGAUCUGGUAUUCAUGAUGGGCCUGUCUUACAAAAGGCAGAUGUUGGCUUUACUAUGGGUGUUGCUGGUUCAGAUGUUGCCAAGGACAAUGCUGAUGUAAUCCUCUUGAAUGAUAACUUUGGUAGUAUUGUAUGGGCCAUCAAGUGGGGUAGAAAUGUCUUCAAUACAGUCACCAAGUUCCUUCAGUUCCAGUUCAUCAUUACUUGGUCUUCAUUCAUUGUAAUUGUAUUUGGUGCUUGUAUUCUUGGGAGAAGCCCCUUGGUUGCCACUCAGUUGUUAUGGAUUAAUUUAAUCAUGGAUUCCUUGGCAUCUUUUACUCUUACAAGAGAUGUUCCCUCAGAUGACAUCCUAAGAUACAAACCCUAUGGAAGAUACAAGCCAUUGCUUGGCCGCUCUCUCAUUCGCAAUGUUGUUGGUCAUGUUUUGUACCAAGUUGCCAUUACCUUUAUUCUGAUCUUUCUUGGUGAUGACAUGCUGGACAUUGAGGAUGGAUUUGAGGAAGAGACUUUGUGUAAACCAUCAAUGCAUUCAUCAUUGGUGUUCACUUCAUUUGUAUUCAUGCAGUUGUUCAAUCAGAUCAACUGCAGYGAGAUUCAUGGUAGAAAUGUCUUCCAAGGAAUUCAUAGAAAUGUCUCCUUUAUUGCUAUCUGGAUAUUGGAAGUUGCAGUCCAGAUUCUAGCAGUAGAGGUGUUCACCAGAGCUUUCCAUACUUCUAAAAUGGAGUUCGAGAUGUGGCUGUGGUGUUUAUUUUUUGGUUUCUCUGAACUCAUUUGGGCACAGAUUGUCUUUACUAUUCCWAAAUCAUGGCUCCCAAUGUUCGUUAGAUGUGGUACUACAGGAAAUGUUAAAGGACGACCUAUGACUUUGAUGAGAAAUACAUCUAGAGUAUCAACAAAGCAUGGMCAUGAGAAUCAACCCACAGACUCUUACCAUCCAUUAGAGCUUCAUCCUUACGAASCUCAACCUGCAGACUCCAGCCGUCCUUUAGAACCUACCACACCAUCUGGUAAUCUACCCAACUCGKCUGAGGAUGAGUUAUGGAGAGGUCCYUCUGUAGAGAAACUAGAAGUGAUGGACAAGCAGCUAUAAUAUAAUCCGGAAGGAAGUGAGGUCUAGUGAGGUUGGUCAGUCAGUUAGCUUUAAUAUGCAUGCUUGUGUUCCACUAGUGAGGUAUGUAUUAAGCCUUAGAAAUAUGAGGAUAAUAUUCCUUAGAGGCAUCUAGUAAAGAAUAUUUUAAGAGAAAAAGUAUCUUAAAUGCUGUUUGGAAUUGUUGAUCAAAAACUCUGUUGACCAAAAUUGCUAUAAGCCUUUUAUACAGAAAGGUUGGCAAUAAGGGACUGUGUUUGAAGUGAUUGCUACAUAAUGUAAUGGCUUUUAUUUUAGUUUUUCUACUAAGCUGUACAACUUUUAAAAAGAAAAAUAAUGAACAUUCUGUUGCUUCACAAGCACUAUAUGGAUAAUUGUUCUCAAUGGCUUUUUUGUGAUGAUUCUGCAAAUUAUUGUAGCAUUYCAAAAGAAACUCCACACAAAGUUUUAUGACUUUAGAUUCAAAGUGAUUUGAAGGUUUGAACUACAAAAAUAGUGUAGUGUUUUGGUUUGCAUAAAUUUCAGGUACCUUGAUAUUAUUAUCAAUGGAUAUUGCUUCAGUUGAUAAUCAUUUAGAUUUUGAUAAAAGUCUGACAAAAAAAAAUAUGUUUUUUGAAAACUAAAAUUUAAAGAUUAAACUAUUAUGAAAUGUAUUUAGUAUUG